CUUAACUUGAAGCAAAAUGAGCAAGGAGAGUGGUAUGUGGACUCUGGAGCAGCAGCCCACGUUACUGGUGACACAGGAUGCUCAAACCAAGAAGACAUUCGCUGAGGGCACUCGCAAAGGAGAUAUGUAUGUCCUUGAAGAAGCUCCAAAGCUGUCCAAACUUCACCCUCCAGAUUCAUGUUCUUCAAGUCAUAAUGAAGUCAAUGUCGCAGAAUAUAAUAAGCCAUCCAUUUGGCAUGGUCGGUUAGCUCAUUGUAGUCAGUCUUUUGUUCGAAGUCUUGUUGCAGACGAGCUCUUAGAUAAGUCCAGUCUGAGUUCAGUCAGUGAGUCCAGCAUGUGCUCGAGUUGUCAACUUUGUAAGAGCCAUGCCCUUCCUUUUUAGUCAAUUAA